AAUACAAAAGAUCUCGCAGACUCGGUCACAACACACGAGAAACUCAUUGCUGCACUAUUACAAUUACACAUAGCACCGAAACCUCGAAUAGAAGCUACAUAAGUAAGAAGAGAGAAGAGUAGCAACAGUUUACUUCCAAUACUUGCACAUCAAACUAUAUAAGUAUACCUCAAUAUACAGUAGUAUAGUUAAUAAGAAAGUGACAGGUUACAAGCAACAAGCAGUGCAGUCCAGGGUAGCAACCACUCAGAUUCUCUCGUCAGGUCUUAUAUUACUUACACAUCAGACGACACCGACACAUACAACACACAACACAACACAACAAUCACCAAGUUUAGUUUGAGGCUAGUGUAAGAUUGUACAUUGCACGCGCAUUUCAAAAGUGUACACAGUAUACAACAACACAUACGCAAGCGCCAUAGCAUAAGCACACCAUAUAUCGUGAUGUCCUCGCCGUCUCGGACUCAGCUGGACGAAACAGCUGUAGAGAAUUUCCGCGAGUAUCUGCGUAUUCCUUCUGUUCAGCCAAAUGUUAAUUACGAUGAUUGUGUUGCGUUUCUACGUCGUCAAGCACAAAGCUUGGACUUGCCUAUCAAAGUCUACGAGCAUUACAAAGGAAAGCCGAUUGUUGUCAUCACCUGGGUAGGUACUGACCCAGCAGUACCAGCGGUGUUGCUCAACAGUCACAUGGACGUGGUUCCUGUUUUUGCUGAUAAAUGGACUUAUCCGCCAUUCAGCGCAGAGAUGGACGACAAAGAGAACAUUUACGCUCGUGGCUCUCAGGACAUGAAGUGUGUUGGUAUCCAGUACAUCGAGGCGAUAAGACGCAUGAAGAUGAAUGGGUUGCGCUUCAAGCGUACAAUCCACAUGUCUUUUGUCCCUGAUGAGGAGAUUGGUGGGGUUCUUGGCAUGGAAGCUUUUGUAAACACUGCUGACUUCAAAGCUUUGAACGUUGGCUUCGCUUUGGAUGAAGGCAUCGCGUCACCUGAAGAGACUUUCUACAUGUUCAACGGCGAGAGAGCCAUUUGGCAUAUCAAAGUCACUUGUCCCGGUCACCCGGGUCAUGGAUCUUUGUUGCUGCCAAACACUGCUGGUGAAAAGCUCCGGGUCAUUAUUGAUCGGUUCAUGGAUCUCAGGGCUGAUCAGAAAGCUAAGCUUGACACUGGAAAUUACAUGCCUGGAGAUGUCAUGUCGGUCAAUCUCACCAAGCUUUCAGGUGGUGUUCAAGCGAAUGUUAUUCCGGAGCAGUUAACUGCAGUGUUUGAUGUUCGGAUCCCACCGACUGUCGAUCAUGCAGAAUUUGAGCAGACCAUUCUCAGCUGGUGUCGUGAAGCCGGUGAAGGAGUUUUCGUCGAGUAUGAACAGAAAAAUCCUAAAAUUGAAAGUACUAAAUUGGAUGAUAAUAAUCCUUUUUGGCUGGCGUUCAAGAGUGCAAUUGAUAAACGUGGGAUGAAAAUACAAAUCGGAAUUUUUCCAGGUGGAACUGAUAGUCGCUAUGUACGCGGGAUUGGAUUACCCGCUAUUGGCUUCUCACCUAUGAACAAUACUCCGAUAUUACUUCAUGAUCACAAUGAGUAUCUAAACAAAGAUGUUUUCCUACGUGGAAUUGAAAUUUACAUGGAUAUUAUUCCAUCAGUGGCUAAUGUUUAGUAUUUAAACAAAGCUUGAUAUUUUAAUUAAUACUCAAGAUAUUGAAUAUUGAUUCAGUUAAUUAAAGUGCAAUCAAAAUUUUUUGUUAAGUCAAGAAAUUAAGUAACAAGUGAUAUAUAGAUCUACGUUCUACUAGCAAUAAUAUUCAAUCUUUAUAAAAAAUUGAAUCAGUGCUACACAAUUCAAGUGAUUGUAAAUUAAUCUUUAAUAAUAAUGAAGAGCAAGUUGAUGAAAGAAGAAUUUAAAUGCCAAAGAAGAUCAACUGAAGAAACACUGCAAAUAAUUUAGUGCAAUUAUCGGUGGAAUAAAAAAAAAAUGAAGAAAGCUAA